CAGCAAGGACUGGCUGACUGAAAAAGAAGAAAAUCCACGCUACUGCUGCAACCCUAAAGCCUCAUAGAGAAUUGCGUGUAUACCUUAAAGCUUCAAUUCUCUUCCUCUUUCUCCUCCUCUGCAUUUCCCUCCCUCGUCGCCGGAACCAUGUCUCCGUCGCCCUCCAUCAAACCCCAAGACUACGUUCACAGCCCUGUCCAUUACGCCGUUGCUUUGGGUGAUCACACUACUCUUUCUCGACUUGUUUCUGCUCUCCCUCGUCUCGCUGAUCCUUCUCAGGUCCACGCCGACUCUGAUUCUAUCAUCCAGGAACGAAUUGCUGAUCAGAUUUCUGCUGUUCUUGAUCGCCGGGAUGUUCCCUUCCGUGAGACACCUCUUCAUCUUUCUGUGAGGUUAAAUGACUCAUUUGCUGCUCGUACUCUUGCUGCUGCUGGUGCUGAUGUAUCGCUUCAAAAUUCUGCUGGUUGGAAUCCUCUCCAGGAGGCUUUGUGUCGCCGGAACUCUGAAAUUGCCUCUAUUUUACUCCGCCUUCACCAUCGCUCUGCUUGGGCUAAGUGGCGUCGUCGACUGCCACGUGUCAUUGCUGUGCUUCGCAGAAUGAGGGAUUUUUACAUGGAAAUUUCAUUCCACUUUGAGAGCUCUGUCAUUCCUUUCGUAGGAAAAAUUGCUCCUUCUGAUACCUACAAGAUCUGGAAGCGAGAUGGGAAUCUUCGAGCCGACACUUCGUUAGCUGGCUUCGACGGCUUGAAGAUCCAGCGCGCAGACCAGAGUUUCCUCUUCCUCGGUGACGGUGACCAAACAUACAACGUGCCCGCAGGUUCGUUGCUUGUGCUUAACCGUGAUGAUCGCAAAAUAUUCGACGCGUUUGAAAAUGCAGGAGCUCCGAUGAGUGAGUCUGACAUUGCGGGAUUCUGCUCUCAGACCAGCGUGUACAGGCCUGGAAUGGACGUCACAAAGGCUGAACUGGUUGGGAGGACAAAUUGGAGAAGACAAGAGAAGACAGAAUCAGUAGGAGAAUGGAAGGCUAAAGUCUAUGAAGUGCACAAUGUGGUUUUCAGUUUCAGGUCGCGCAAAGUUGCUCACAACGAAAACGAAGUUGCUGGGAGCGAGCAAGUCUUACCGUUAGAGCUUGACGAAGAUGACGACGGAUUUUUAGUCGCUGAGAAUCCAAAUUUUGGGUUUAACAAUGACAGUAGGAGGAGGCACAGUAGUUUUGUGAGAGAGGAGAGGGAGUGGGUGACUGUGGGGAGGAAGAGUGUGGAUAUAAUCCCGUCGUCAUCGUCGGCAAUGUCAGCGCCACAAAGAAGAUCGGCGAUUCCGAUAGCGCCGGCGCCUCAGACGAAGGAGAAGGAAUACGUUAGGAGCCUGAGGCCGUCAGUUUGGUUAACGGAACACUUUCCGCUAAAGACAGAAGAGUUACUGCCGUUACUUGAUAUUUUGGCCAACAAAGUUAAGGCAGUGAGGAGAAUGCGGGAAUUACUGACCACCAAAUUCCCGGCGGGGACGUUUCCGGUUAAGGUGGCAAUUCCGGUGGUCCCUACAGUGAGAGUGGUGAUAACAUUCACAAAGUUUGUUGAGCUACAACCAACAGAGCAGUUCUACACACCGCUUUCAAGUCCAAGACAUUUUGCCAAUGGAGGAAGAGUAGCAUCAUCAGAGGAUGAUCAGAAAUCAGAUACCCAUUAUUCAUCGCUGCCAUCCACUUCGUCAUCAAUCCCAACAGGGUGGCUGAGGCGAAACAACAGCCAGUCAGCGAGCAAGCAGCAUCAGCGUUGUCCUGCUCCUUCAAUGGGGCAGCAACAACAAGCAGAUCCAUUCACUAUACCUAGUGGAUACACAUGGACGAAUGCUGAUGAUAAGUCGAGCAAAUUGAAGAAAUCUAAGUCGGUAAGAAAAUCUAAGUAAUUACUUGUAUUCAAGAAGAUGAAAAACUAAAAGGAGGAAAGAGAAUUCAAGUAGGGGAAAAACAGAAGGAAAAUGUUAACCUUGGUUGAUCAUGGAUGACUUUGUACUGCAUGUGUUUGGGGCUUGCAAACGUGUUAGUGAUAGAAUGUAGAUAUACCAUCUGCUUAUUCAAAUCAUGGGGUGGUCUGAGAUAUUUGCAACCUUAUGAUUAGAAGGUGACUGGGUUGACUUGCCAAUUUGUUGCACACAAUUUUGUUGAUUUUUAAUACAUGCUUCUCUAAGUAAUUAGAUUAUCUAAUGCUUCUAUUAACCGUUUCAAUUUCCCAGAUACUCCUAAUUCAAACUGGGGAGCCAAUUCCCAUACAUCCUUGAUUACUUAACAUACACUAAUAUUUUAUUUUCAUUUGUUAAAGAAAAGCAGCAAGGAUUUAAUUUCAAUGUAUUUUAGCAUUUUUAUAAUUUCCUUUUUUAUCUUUCAAAUUCCAAUGCAUUGCUUUAAUUCUUUCACCAUCCUUCCCCUGCAUCUUUGUUCUUGUAGCUUUCUGGUUUUAAUGGCAUGCACAUUUGUGGAAACUGAAAUUGUUUUUUUAGUUUUCUAGCAAUAGUAAGAUGCACGAAGAAAGGAACGGGCAGGUAGUAAUGAGACAAAGGAAAGAAAAUUGACUUCAUUAAUGGCACUGAUUAAUAUCUUGGUGCUGGAAUUUCGGCUGACGCUAACGUGCAAUCAUAUCCUCCGUUAAUAUAAUUUAUUUUCUGCUGCUUUUUUGAAUGAUUUUUUUUAAGGAAAAAAAAAAAGUUCAGACAAUUUAUUCAAACGGUAAAUUUUCUCAACCCGAACUUCAACGAAAAUUUGAAAAAUUUUUGCCCAAUGAUGGAAAUAUUCAUUUUAAAGGGCUCAAAGUUAGUAUAAUAAAAGAGGUAUUUGGCCCAAAAACAAAUUAUAAUCCUAGCUAUGAGGUCCAGCACUAAGCCAUGAACAAGAGCUCUAACCCAGUAGCCAUACAAGCAAAAAGCUUGGUUCGAAUCGAGUAACCAAAGAGACCAUGGCAUCACAGGCUACCCUAUAUGUAACCCUGCAGAUCACAACAAAUCAAAAGUUUCGGCUCCAAGAAAAUAUGACCAAGUGGCCUCUAUACUUGAAUAAUAACCUCGAAGAAUCAGAGGUCCAAGGAUGAAGCCUUGAGGAUUAGCCUUUUUAGCAGCCUAAGUUGGCCAUGAACGCCCAGGAAGCAAAACCACAACCACAAGAAAGCAAAUUCAAACACGAGUCCCUCCCCAUAAAAAUAAUCGAUCUGCAACAAAAGAAAACAAAAUAUCCUAUUUACAUCCUGGCUCAUAACAUGGGAUAGAGAGAAACCCACUUUCUAUCCAAGAGGGGAAAUUUUACAAUGCAUCCUUAGAUGUACAACGGAUAUCAUACUGGCUUUCAUGGGCUCCUCCUGCCUCCAUGAUUACAUAUAUUUAUUUUUCCUUUAAACUCUAAUUAAAAUUCAAAUUCGAAAUCUCUGGCCACUGGACGAAUCCAUGAGCUAAAGCCUACUGAUAUGGAACUGCAUAUGUUAAUCCUUCUCGGACCUCACAAGUACGAGAUAUUUCGGUAGUGUGUCAUUCAAGUUUUAAUGCAUUUGUUGGCUCUAGAUAGGGGCAACCAACUGCAUAGCUUAUCUGGUGUAUUAGUUUUUUUUCCCUUCGCUAAUCUGGUGUAUUAGUUGAGUCUUGUAACAAACAAGUUCAAAAUUAAUAUUUAUCCUUAGUUGUCGGUGAUUAUCAAGGAAUAGAUGAUUGAGUGUCUAACAUAUUACAAUGAUUGUUACCUAAUCCUAUUAUAUAUGUGUAAUAAACAAAAUAAAAACCAACAGAUGACUUAUCAGCUAUUACCACGUCAAGGAAAAUCAAUGUUCUCUUAUGGGCAAUAAUAGAUUAUUGUGAUGAACAUAAUAAAUUAGUUAUCAAUUAAGAUGGAGUAGUUAGUGCUGAACAAUUAGUAUAGUUAUUGCGCACGGUGAUAAGAGCAUUUAAUAGAAUAUUAAAGGUUUCGGAUUCAACACCCCCAAUCUUUCAUCCCUUGCUUUUGGCUAAAAAAAAAAGCAAAAUCCCUUGAUUAUGCAAAAAUCCUGGUUGUUCAGUUUUUCCUACAUAUAGAAGGAAAAGGGGAAAAAAGAACAUAAAACAUUAAUGGGUUGGAAUCCUAAAUAAUGAACCAUCAUAUUAGACAAUGGAAAGUUGGGGUGAACAUUACUAGGAAAAGAAAUAAAAAAAGAGAGAUUCCAAACAUAGUUUGCUUCACAAGGGAGAAACAAGUGAGUUGGCAAGUCUCCUUUAAAAAAGUAUAAGAUUGAGUAAAGACAGCACAUCUACAGGUGGCCCUUUUCUUUUCUUCAGCUUAUACUCUCAUUGGUCCUUCACCACUUAAUCAUUUUCUAUCAACUCCUCUAUCCUCAGACCUCAGUUCAUCAACCUAAGCUUCUGCUACCUAUCACCACCAGGGAGAAACAAUGGAAACGGAGGCACCAAGCUGGGCAGAUCAAUGGGGUGCAGGAGGUAUUGGUGCUAUGGCAGAAGAGGACACUAGCAGCAAGAAAGACACCAGCAAUAACAAGAAGUCAGAUGCCAAAUCAGGAUUAAAUAAAGCCAAAGCAGCCGCAAUGAUGGGAGCUCAAAGGAUCAAGAGUGGAGCAUCAAACAGCUUCAAAUGGGUCAAAAAUAAAUGCCAGAAAAAGGGCUCUCCUAAAUGAGCACAUAAUAAAACUUGUUCAGCUCUUGACAUAUCACUGCCUGUUCUCGAGACAUUUUUUGCCUUUUCUCUUAUGGUCAAUUGCUUGCAUCAUAUUUUUAUGUGGAUCAUUAGUUCUCUUUUC